AUGGAAACCUCAAACUCCAGCAGCAUCAUGUCCUCCACAUUCUACCUCACAGGCAUCCCUGGUUAUGAGGAAUUUCACCACUGGAUUUCCAUCCCAUUCUGCCUCCUCUACAUUGUUGGAGUGACAGGCAAUUGCAUGAUCCUGCACAUUGUGCGGACAGAUCCCCGGCUCCAUGAGCCCAUGUAUUACUUCCUAGCUAUGCUUUCACUUACUGACAUGGGAAUGUCCCUGCCCACAAUGAUUUCACUCUUUAGGGUGUUGUGGUCCAUUUCACGAGAGAUUCAGUUUAAUGUUUGUGUGGUCCAGAUGUUUCUGAUUCAUACCUUUUCCUUUACUGAAUCGUCUGUGCUCUUGGCCAUGGCCCUUGAUCGAUAUGUGGCUAUCUGCCACCCUCUGCGAUAUGCUACCAUUCUCACUCCAAAACUUAUUGGGAAGAUUGGAGUUGCAGCUCUGCUCAGAAGUUCUAUUUUGAUAAUUCCACUUAUGGCCCGUCUGGCAUUCUUUCCCUUCUGUGGCUCCCACGUUCUUUCUCAUUCCUAUUGUCUGCACCAGGACCUGAUCCACCUUGCUUGUACUGACAUCAGAUUCAAUGUCGUGUAUGGACUAGUCCUCAUUACUUUGCUGUGGGGCAUGGACUCCCUGGGAAUUUUUGUAUCUUAUGUGUUAAUCCUUCACUCGGUGUUAAAAAUUGCAUCCCGUGGGGGCAGGCUGAAGGCACUCAACACAUGUGCAUCCCACAUCUGUGCUGUUCUCAUUCUCUAUGUGCCCAUGAUAGGAUUAUCUAUUGUCCAUCGUUUUGCCAAGCAUUCCUCUCCCCUCAUUCACAUCUUCAUGGCUCAUAUUUACUUAUUGGUUCCACCAGUGCUCAACCCAAUCAUCUACAGUGUGAAGACCAAACAGAUCCGGCAAGGAAUCCUCCAUUUGAUAUAUUCUCCCAAAUUAGUUCUGCCACAAUGUAGGCAUAUCAUCAAGACAAGAAAGACAUCCGUACUUGCUAUGUGA